AAUAAUUAAAAUAUAUUCUAAAAUUUAAUUUUUUCAAUUCAGUUAAUAAAAUAUCAUAAACAUGUCAUCUAAAUCAGAAAUAACAUUAGAACAUUUUUAUAUUUUCAACAACACAUACGCAAAAAAAGAAGGGGAGGAAAAAAAUAAGAUUUUAUACUAUUACCCAGCAAAAGUAGAUAUUGACAAUCAAAUAAAAAAUAUUGGGCUUAGCGAAGCAAUUAUUAAAUUUACUGAGUCAUUUAAUCCAGGGCAAUCAUGUGAUUAUUGUCAUACUCAAAAAACUCGGCAAAUUUAUUUUCAACCUGAAAUCCAUUUCUGGAUGGUUAUGAUUGUUGGAGUACCAUUUAUAACAAAAGAAAAUGAUGGUACCACAUACAUGGAAUAUCUAAAUGAUGAAGUAUCAAGCACUGUCUGUCAAGCUAUUUUAAAACAAGCAUAUACUAUUUUUCGACUUUUUAUGGGCUCAUUUGAUAAUAUUUUAAACGAACCAGAUUGUGGAUCAGUAAUAUUAUUAAGAUAUAAGCUAGAUCACUUUUAUUCUCGAUAUCUAUUGUCAUUAAAAUUAAAUAAUAGUGACAUUUUGGAUAUCUUUCAUGGCUUAGUAUUUUUACCUUUAGAUAAAAUUACUUUUUUACGAGUUCAGUGUUUCAUGAAUUUAAUUGAAGCAACUUUUCCACAAGUAAAAUAUACUGCAUUUUUAUAUAACAAUCAGCUUGUUUGGAGUGGAUUAGAACCUGAAGAUAUGCAAGUAGUUUAUAAUUACUUAAUUAAUACACUUUUACCGGCACAUUUAGAAAAAGAAUUGGAUGAUAGUUCAAUUUCUCGUAAUUCUUCAUCACCAUUUACAACAUCUCAUUAUGGAAAAUUUGUUACUGGACCAUCAAGUAUUAAUGAUGUAAAAAAGUUACCGAAAGUAUUUAUUAAUUAUUCAACAAAACCUAUAUCAUUAUAUUUAAUUGUAUAUCGAGCAUUAAAUGCGACCGUGUGUUUAUUUGUUGAUAGUACAAAUAGCCCCAUGUUUUAUACUACUUUAGAUUCCUUUCUGGGUGUUCAAUUGACAUCAUUAGUAAAUUCAAUAUCAGAACAAUAUUCCAAACAUACAUCUGUUACAACAGAAUCAAGUCCAAGAUAUUUAUAUUUUAAUAAAUUAAAUUUAGCAUAUAAGAGUACUAUACACAAUGACCAUAAACGAUUUUCAAAUGUUAUAGUUACUUCAGAAGUUUUAAGAAUUAUAACAGAUAUAAAUAGUGACACCAGCAGAUUGAAAGAAACUGGGGAAAUUGUUAUAAAAACUAUGAGCGAUUACUGGAUUGUAGGAAAAUUAUCUAAUUUGAGAGAGUUCUUUGUUAUUAUACAACAAAAAAAUGCUAGUAUCAUUGAAAUUGAUGAUGAAGUCAACAGAUUAUGUGACCAACAACUAAAAAGUAUUUUCUUUCAUUAAUUAAAAAUUAAAUAAUUAAAAUAUUUUGUUUUGAAAAUAUUUAUUAAUAAAAUUAAGAACUUUCUGUUACUGAAAAAUCAUUGCUAUUCAUAAACAAAAGUAUUGCUUAAUAAAUGAUA